AUGGCAAAGCCAAGGUUUGAGUAUGAAUAUCACAAGGAAGGAGAUGUCAUUAUCGGAGGAUUAAUCUCUGCUCACUCUUACAGCCAAUAUACGGAUCGUUUUACUUUUGGGCAUGCUGGUUUCGCUAGUUCACCAGGCGGUUAUGUGUGUGAAAGCUUGGACUUUGAAGAGUAUAAAAACAUCUUGGUGAUGAUCUUAGCUGUCAAUAGGAUUAACAAGGAUCCCGAUCUUCUGCCCAAUAUUACUCUGGGCUAUCAUAUAUUUGAUACUUGUAAUGACCCAAUGAAUAUUUUGGGAUAUGCCACCAACAUAUUGUCUGGAGAAAAAGAAGCUCAUAACUAUCACUGUAAGGGACGUGGAGAAGUGGCCGGUUUUAUUGGUAACAGUGAAUUUUAUUCAAAUCAAGCGCUGGCUCAGUUACUUAGUCUGUAUCGGUAUACACAGAUCACUUAUCGAGCCCCUGACCCUCGCCUGAGUGAUGGAAAUAUGUAUCCAACUUUAUUCCGUGUGACACCAGAGGAUGGAGUCCGUUUUGCAGCCAUUAUUAAAUUUUUGCGUCAUUUUGGGUGGAAUUGGGUUGGAAUAAUAACAUCGUGGGACGGCAGCGGUGAUGAGGAGUCCCAAGAACUGAGUAAGAUGAUGAGAGAACACGGGAUCUGCACAGAUUAUAUCAUUAAACUCAUUCCAAAUACAGUUAAUGAUUUUCGCACAUCAGAAUUUAUGAGUCAAUCAAAAGCCAAGGUGGUCAUAGUGUGCGGAACUUCCAUAAAGAACUUUUAUAAUUUUGCUUGGCGUUUAUCCUCUGUUGCAGAAAAUAUCACAUUUAUUUUCCCACCAUCAUGGAUUAAGUUAGCCGAUUUAUAUUAUUUGAAGUAUACAUCACUUAACCACAGCUUCAUAUUUGUGUGGCCGCGAGAACACAAAGUAAACCUGGAUGUUUAUACCAAUGGAGUCACCUUCUACAGCUGCUUAAGUGACCCCUUACUGGAAGAUAUUUGGGUUUCAUAUUAUUCCUGCCUUUCCCCAAACCCAGACAAAAAUCUCUAUUUUCAAGAAGCCAAUAAUAUUCAUGGAAACCCUUGUAGCGAUUCAAGAGAUGUUUCAACCUUAUUGUCUUCUCAUACAACUCAUCCCUCCUUUAUAUACACGGCCGUAUAUGUUCUGGCCCACGCUCUACAUAGAAUGUUCAUGAAGAAAAAUAAGUCUGAACAACACGGAUUCCAGCACAGACUGUACAAGUAUGUGAGGAAUGUUCGUUACACCGACCCCGAUGAUGGCGAGAUCUACUUUAAUGAGAAAAGAGAAAUUCCAACCGAUCUCAUUUUGCAAAGCUGGAUUUCUUUUAACAAUGCACCUCCUUCAUACAAAACAAUCGCCACUAUUCAAGGCCCAGAUUAUGUGCCUGGACGGUUUCCCAAUAUGAGCGAUCGUGUCUUCUGGAGAAAAGGCAAAGUUCCGGUAUCUCGAUGCUCAGAUCCCUGUUUACCUGGCAGCAGAAAAAAGUUUGGAUCUUCAAUUCAUAAAUGCUGUAAUGAGUGUGCUUCGUGUCCAGAAGGAGAGAUCUCCAGCAUUUCCGACAGUGAAAACUGCAUGACAUGUCCCGAUGAAGAAUGGCCAAAUGAGAAGAAGGAUCGUUGUGUUCCAAGAGUGGUGGAAUUUCUCUCCUACACUGAUGAUCCCAUUGUUGGAGGUUUUUCAGCUGUCUCCAUCCUCUCUUGUCUUCUGACUGGUUUAAUUUUGAGGAUAUUUAUACAUUACCAGGACACCCCCAUUGUUAAAGCCAAUAACCGGGACCUGAGCUAUCUUCUCCUAGUCUCCAUCAUGCUGAGCUUCCUCUGUGUCUUCUUGUUCCUCGGCCAUCCAGUAGAUGUGACCUGCAUGCUGCGUGUCACCUCUUUUGGUGUCAUCUUCUCAGUUGCCGUCUCUUCUCUACUUGCCAAAAGUAUCAUGGUGUGUAUUGCUUUUAAAGUCACCAAACCUGGGAAUUCCUGGAGGAAAUGGAUGGGACCCAAACUGCCCAAUUCUAUAAUUUGUGUCUUCUCAUUGGUUCAAGUCAUAAUCUGUGCUACUUGGUUGUCUAUUUCUCCUCCCUUUCAAGAUCGGGACACUCACUCUUAUCAGGGGAAGAUCAUCAUUCAGUGUAAUGAGGGUUCAGUUAUCGGCUUCUACUCUGUCCUGGGAUAUAUGGGGCUUCUGGCAGCUGUGAGUUUCAUUAUCGCCUUUUUAGCCAGGACAUUACCGGACAGUUUUAAUGAGGCCAAGUACAUCACCUUCAGCAUGCUGGUGUUCUGCAGUGUCUGGAUUGCCAUGAUCCCGGCCUAUCUGAGCACCAGAGGGAAAUACAUGGUAGCUGUGGAGGUUUUUGCUAUAAUAGCAUCAAGUUCCGGACUUCUUGGCUGUAUAUUUUUCCCAAAAUGUUACAUAAUUCUGUUCAGACCUGACCUGAAUACAAAGACAGUUAUCCACUAAUAUGUAUGGAAGAACACUGGGUUACCGAUAGUCAUCGCAUUAUCUCUAUUACUGCUAAUAUUUGUAUUAUACUGGUGUAUUGACAAUGAACACUGUUGAAGCAGAGCUCAAGGUUCCUUCAGAAAAAAUAAAAUAAAGGUUCCAGCUACAAAUACUGUAUCUGCUGACAUUUAAUAUUUGGACACCCAUCUGUCCUGGAAUCCAGCGGUGUCUUCACCCCAGCCAAUUUCUCAAUUGGCUCUCAGGUGCUGCCAUUGCCAUUCCUUGUAAGGGAAACUAUGAGUGAAGCCUUUUAGCUUCACAGCUGGCUUUUUAUUGCACAUGCACAAACUGUACUGCGCUUUGUGAAUGGCCUGGCAGCGAGGGGAAGGAGGAGGGGGGCUAAACUUCUGGGAGACUUUGCCGCGACCAACUCCCCAGGAAGCGGAAGAGGGUACCUUUGAAAAACAGGUGUCCGCUUCCUCCAAGGGUGCCAAAUUCUAAUUACUAACACAUGCUUGAGCUCUCUAGAAAAGCAUACAAAGCUUAUAACAAAAUGUAUACCCUCACAAGUACAAAAGUCUACAUAAUUUCACU